UUAGACUUUAAAGUACAUCAUAAACGUAAAAGGAAAACCGAGAAACAUAUUUUGUGUACAACAAAUGUAGGACAAAAAAAAAUGAUUAUUCAAUUAAGCUGUCAUGCCUCAUAUAACAUGUCAUUAAUUGUUAUUCUUUUUUUUCAUAUGAACUCAAAGGUUGGAUAUGUAGUUCUUCUUGUGUGCAUCAAAUUAACAUUUUGCAAAGAGAAAUGCUAAACUUUCAAGUUAUUUUCUGUUAUGAACAGACACCUUCAAACGGAUUUUAAUUUGUAUUUAGCAUAAAGAUUUCAACAGUGUGUUUAAUAUUCUCUGCACAACAAUUGAUGAAAGACAAGCAAAGAUGAACCACUUACAUAGCGUAAACAACACCACGUUACCCGAACUGUAUAAUGACACAGAUUUGAAAACCGUUAUUGUUUAUGAAGCAGCAAUAGCUACAGUAUUGACAAUAUGUGUUAUUUCAUCGUGUUUAUUCAACAUAAUAAUUAUCAUUGUGUUUAUGAGGUUCAAAUGCUUGAGGACAAAACAUGAUAUGCUUGUCAUUAACCUUGCAUUUACAAAUUUAAUUAUAACUGUGGGAAUUUCGUUUUAUUCUACUUACACUAUAGAACCAGGAGAUAUUUUUCACCAGAAAGUCGUGUGUAUGGGCUUAUUUAUAUGUAUCUUUGGAGGAAUACUCACAUCCCUAUUAGUGCUCCUACUUCUGAGUCUUGAGCGAUUUCUGUGUAUCGUCUACCCUCACUUUCAUGGCCGGAUCCGAAUUCGCCAUGUUAUAUUGUGCAGCAUCCUUGCAUACCUGGUAGGUCUGUCAUAUACUAUUAUACCAUUCAUAUUAAAGAAUAACUGGGACCGUUAUCAUCUUUGUGUUCUGGAUGUGUUUCCGUUUGAAUUCAGUAUUGCAGAACAGGUUUGUGGUAUCGUUAUUAUAACGACAAUUGUAACAAUUAAUGUUAUUGUUUACAAAACAGCUCUUUCUCAAGCGGCUAAAAUAAAUGUUUUACUUAAAAACGUACAGCAUAGGCACACAAGAAGCCGUAAAUUAAGACAAAAGGGGAAAGCUUUUGUGACUGUCUUUCUAUUGUCGGGUAUAUCAGCUGUAUGUUGGAUCCCUUUACUGGUAGUUUUUGCAUUAGAAUCAGAUUCCAAUUUACCGGAGAAAUUCAGAUGGAUAUUCACUCAGUUACUGUACGUUCCGGUAGCGUUGAAUUCUUCUGUAACUGCUAUUAUUAUAGGACAUAGAAACAGGCAUUUCAGAGAUGCUAUUAAAUCUAUGUAUUGCAAAAAACAACACGAAUGUAUUCACAACAGUACAUUUGCCUUCUGAUUGAUGGUUAUUCUAUCACAAACGU